UUGUUCCGAUUGACGUAGACACCCUCGAGUUGAAUCGGGAAGUACGCAUACGUACAUUUGCAUACGGGAGGGCUAGAUCUAGAUUAAAUAUGGCAAAUCGACUGAAAGAAUGGCGGCUGGACUGCAAAGUGUACAUCGGUGAUCUUGGUUAUGGUGCAGCCAAGCAAGAAUUAGAGGAUGUCUUCUCCAGAUAUGGUCCAAUCAGAAAUGUUUGGGUGGCGAGAAACCCACCGGGUUUUGCCUUUGUGGAGUUUCAGGACACGCGAGAUGCAGAGGAUGCAACAAAGGCUCUCGAUGGCACGAGAAUAAAUGGCAGGCGAGUCAGGGUGGAAAUGUCUUCAGGGAAAUCUCGCUGGGGUUCCAGAGGCCCACCCACACGCCGUGGCGGUGGUGGAAGAAGUAACCGCGAUGAACGUCGCAGGUCAAGGCUCUCCCUUUAUGCCCCCAGCCAGUCGGCGUCAUCGUUUCUCUCCCCUGGUCAGCGUCUGCCCUAAUCAACAUUGCUGAUCAACUUGAUCAACAUCCCACUGUUCUAUCAGCUGAUAUCAACCUACCGCUGUUUUAUCAGCGCUACAACAACGCCCAUCGGCAUCAACAACAGUACUAAGACUAAAAUCGGGGAACAAAUAUCUUCUCACCUAGAGCAGCUCUUGUUCAGACAUUCAACUUACUUUUUGGUCAAGAUAUCUUAGUUUAAACAAAAUGACAAUGUGGAAAAAAGUCUGUUACUUUUAGAAAAUCCAAAACUUAAUAUCUUUAAAAUGACAAAUAUGCAAAAUUAAGAUUGAGUAGGGGAGACAAAAAUCCAAAUUUUAGUUUAUUUCGUCAAAAAUCACUCCAUAUAUUUUAUAAGUUGCACAAGGUAAACAACUCUCGUAUAGCUAUUUCAGUAAAAUGCACGUAUAUGUUUAAAUGCCAGUGAAGUGCUAGUAAUACUAUUUGUGAUUCAAUGUUAUGGACCUUGUUGAAAUGUCUGAACAGCCCAAAAAUUUCAUACCUACUUUUUUCCAACGCCUUUCUUCGACAUACACACAUCACGUUAGCUUCCCUAUUCUCCGUGGGUCAGCAUCAGCAUCUCAACUCUAUUUCCUCGUAUCGUCAGGAUUCCAGCUUGACAAUGGUACAGGGUUGUCAAAUUCAACCAGAUUUUACUGGUUUGAAGACAGUUUGCUUGUAUGCUUCAUACUAACCAUCAGUUCCACUAUUCAUUAUUUUAAAAAAAUUCACAGAAGUUCAGCAUUUGUUCUUAAAAGUGCAAUUAUUUUAUUCUUCAUGAUAUGGGUGUUUUUAUGCAGAUUUUAUGGAAAAUUUUGAAACUGCAUGGGAGCAAUAGCUUUUACAGUUAACAUCCCCUUUAGGAAAAAGGAGAAAAUGGCAUUAAACCUGUGUUUUGUUCCUAAUUGUUGUUUAUUGUAUUCAUUUCAUAGUUUAAUUAUUUUACUUGAUAGAUUUAUAUUUUCUAGACCUCCCCCAUAGACAAACCUGUCUUUAUAAAUUGAUCGUUUAAAUGUGUUUAAUAUUCAUUCAAUUUAUGGUUUAAAAAAUAGAAAUAAUUGUUUAAUAUACACUUGAAAAGUGUAAAUUACCUUCUUUUUUUUUUUUAAUUGCUAUUGUGCUCUGGAAUAUUCCAUGGAAUUAAAUGAUUUUUACAUUGGACAUUUUUGGUGGGUUUGUUUCUUUUCCAACAGUGAAUGAAUAGAAACAUAUUCAAAGAUUCUUACUGGAUGUUUGUUUUACUUUGUAGGUCCUUUUCACCCAGACGGAGGAGUCCAUCUCCCAGGAGACGAAGCAGAAGUAGAAGUCGUUCUAGGUAUAACAGGCAACAAAAUUAUGGGGAAUUACUUACUAAAUCUUAGUUAAAAAUGGAAAUUGCGAGUGGAAAAAAUCUUUUUUCCAGAAUUUUCUUGGAUUAUUGGCUGUACUUUGAAGCUUACAGUGAUUUUGUUUUGUGCAUAGAAACACUUUACCAAAUGAUUAUGCAUGUAUAGCAGAAGUAAAUAUGGAUCAAAUGAAUGGCCAAGGUCAUCUCGGUGAUGCAUUCAAUAACCAAGUACUUGAAGGAUACUUUGGGUGUCUCAGAGAUGUCUGAUUUAAAUACAAAAUGGUGUGCGUAUUUGAGCAAACAUGGAAGCUUUGUCACUAUGGGCUCGGUUAAUAUUCUAACUUUAACCUUCUGCUAAGUGAAGUGUAGCUUCUAAUAAUUUACCAUUCCAAUCCAGUGGUAAACUACCUUGUCCACCAAUAUAUAAGGGCCCACCAUGUGGCCCUUUAGAAAUCACUGUUGAUCUGUCAGCACUUCCUAUGGCAUGCAAUAAUUCAAGUUACCAUGGGAAGAUUUUCCGAAAUUUUAUAGAUAAUUCAUACUUGGAUUAGGUAGAAAAAUUUAUCGGCUUUGUUACAAAGUUAUGGAACUUCAAAAAAAGAUUAUAUUAUAAAAAUAAUGGCACUUUGUAUGGCACACUGUCACAAUAACUUGAGUCUACAGGAUUUGUUUUAUAUAAUUUAAGGUAAUGCAGGGAUUAAGAAAGAUUUCAAUUUUCAGCUUUAUCAGUUUUGUCAAAUUGUCAUUACAGUUAUGGGACUUAGAAUUUUUAUCAAAUAACUCCUUGAAGGGCACUUUCAAAGUUGUCAGUUUUUAAGCAGUUAGCUGACAUCCUCUCCUCUAUGAAAUGUGCUUUGUGGGAUAAAAAAAACCCAUUUACAACCAUUUUUCCUCGUUAACACAUUUUGUUGAUGUUGCAGGUCCCCAUCGUACAGAAGAUCCAGAUCUCCCUAUGAAA